CAGGAACACGUCUCAUAUAUAUAGUGAUAUAUUCUACAAUUUGGAGCUAUUUUUAUUUCUCAACAAGUCUAUAUUGUUCAUGACUUUGCAACCAUAUUCUUUAUCUGAAGGCAACAACCAAUAUUAUUUCUAGUUAUAAAUUUUCUUUUAAAAGUAAAACAAUUAGUUUUAUUAGUUUUACUUGCCUUUUCCAAGUUACAUGUAGUAUUUUCUUAGGUUUUUUUUUAUCUUAAAAGGUGUGGUAUUCGGUCUCACACAACCUGCAUUCUUUUGCCCUUUCACUCAAAGAUUGCAAGAUUCUCUUCAAGCAAACAAUUAGGGAAAAUGGAGUGCGACGGAAUUCUGUUGGGGAUGGGUAACCCACUCCUCUACAUUUCUGCUGUCGUCGACCAUGAAUUCUUGAAGAAGUACGAUGUCAAGCUGAACGAUGCAAUUCUUGCCGAUGAAAAGCACUUACCUAUGUAUGAAGAAAUGACAUCUAAGUACAAUGUUGAUUACAUUGCUGGAGGUGCAACUCAGAAUUCAAUCAGGGUUGCUCAGUGGAUGCUUCAAAAACCGGGUGCCACCAGUUUCAUGGGUUGUAUUGGAAAGGACAAGUUGGGGGAAGAGAUGAAGAAAAAUGCUAAAGAAGCUGGUGUUAAGGUUCACUAUUAUGAGCAUGAGACUACGGCAACGGGUACUUGUGAUGUUUGUGUGCAUGGUGGUGAGAGGUCUCUCACAACCAACUUGUCUGAUGCAAAUUGCUACAAGUCUGAACAUUUGAAGAGACCUGAAAAUUGGGCUUUGGUUGAGAAGGCCAAAUACUACUACAUUGCUGGAUUCUUCCUUACUGUUUCCCCGGAAUCCAUUAUGCUUGUUGCUGAGCAUGCAGCUGCCAACGACAAGUUGUUCAUGAUGAACCUUUCUGCACCAUUUAUUUGUGAGUUUUUCCGGGAAGUACAAGAGAAGGCAUUGCCGUAUGUGGACUAUAUCUUUGGAAAUGAGACAGAGGCAAGAACCUUUUCUAAAGUUCAUGGUUGGGAGACUGAUAACGUUGAAGAAAUAGCACUGAAAAUCUCACUGUGGGCUAAGGCAUCAGGAACACACAGGAGGAUCA